UGUAAUAAAAAUUAUUACAAAAUGAUCUUAGAAAAUGUUAUAUAUGUGGGGCUGAAGUGUGGCAGGUAUGUUGUUAUAUAUGUGGGGCUGGAGUGUGGCAGUUAUGUUGUUAUAUACGUGGGGCUGGAGUGUGGCAGGUAUGUUGUUAUAUAUGUGGUGCUGAAGUGUGGCAGUUAUGUUGUUAUAUAUGUGCGGCUGGAGUGUUGCAGGUAUGUUGUUAUAUAUGUAAGGCUGAAGUGUAGCAGUUAUGUUGUUAUAUAUGUGGUGCUGAAGUGUGGUAGGUAUGUUGUUAUAUAUGUGGGGCUGGAGUGUUGCUGGUAUGUUGUUAUAUAUGUGGUGCUAAAGUGUGGCAGUUAUGUUGUUAUAUAUGUGGGGCUGAAGUGUGGCAGUUAUGUUUUUAUAUAUGUGGGGCUGGAGUGUGGCAGUUAUGUUGUUAUAUAUGUGGUGCUGAAGUGUGGCAGGGAUGUUGUUAUAUAUGUGGGGCUGAAGUGUGGCAGUUAUGUUGUUAUAUAUGUGGUGCUGAAGUGUGGCAGUUAUGUUGUUAUAUAUGUGGUGCUGAAGUGUGGCAGUUAUGUUGUUAUAUAUGUGGGGCUGGUGUGUGGCAGGUAUGUUGUUAUAUAUGUGGUGCUGAAGUGUGGCAGUUAUGUUGUUAUAUAUGUGGGGCUGGAGUGUGGCAGGUAUGUUGUUAUAUAUGUGGUGCUGAAGUGUGGCAGGUAUGUUGUUAUAUAUGUGGGGCUGGAGUGUGGCAGGUAUGUUGUUAUAUAUGCGGUGAUGAAGUGUGGCAGUUAUGUUGUUAUAUAUGUGGGGCUGGAGUGUUGCAGGUAUGUUGUUAUAUAUGUGGUGCUGAAAUGUGGCAGUUAUGUUGUUAUAUAUGUGGUGCUGAAGUGUGGCAGGUAUGUUGUUAUAUAUGUGGUGCUG